AAAUAUUUUCUCCUUAAAUUCUGCAAUACAAUGUUGAUGAAAAAAUUUAUAAAUUUGCAGGUAAUAGUGAGAUAGCAGGAGUAGGAUUGUUGGCCAGAGAAGACAAACUCUCCUUAGAAUGGCUGAUCCAGUCUUUUAAAAACAAUAACCCUAAUUCGAAGAAAACUGGAUUAAUCAUGACAGAUAAGGAUAUUACGGAGAGGGGAGUGUUUAAGGAGAAGUUUGAUCACGCUUCCCUAGCCAUUUGUCUAUUUCACACACUCCGGACAUUUAAAAGAGAGGUAACUAUUAACCUAAUGUUAGAUAAUAUAUGUACUUGUGUAACAUGUGAUAAAAUGAAAUUGACCCAAGAGGAAGUUUCUAAUGCGAGACAGCUCCUGAUGAAAAUGGCGUAUGCGAGAAAUGAAAUUCUAUAUCAAGAUAUAUACGAGAAACUAUUAUCAUCUUGCCCAAAACGUGUGGUGGACUAUUUCAAUAAGAAUUGGCACCCUAUCCGACAAGAAUGGACCCUUAUGUGUUCAAAACACGAAAGUCUUUUGAACAGGACUUACAACAGGCUGGAGUGCAUGAAUGGCAAAUUAAAGACAAUCAUCAAGCCCUUUUCUUCGUUGAACAAUUUCAUCCAAAAUUUUUUCAUUCUCAUAAAUUCGUUAAGAAAUGAAAGAAAUAAGGAUAUGGCGAAGUCAGUUUUGACAACAAGGUCUUCUGAGCUUGGAAUUGAUGAAGCUUUGUAUUCAAAGCGACUUCAGCCAUAUGCCUUCAACUUCAUUUUAAAGAAUAUGAAAGAGGUCGAGAACACUGUAGUAACGGAAGUCGACGGACAGUUCUAUUACUCGUAUGAAGGGAUCUUACAUCGAGUAUCUCAAGAAACAUGUGAUUGUAACUUUUGGCCCUAA